UUGAACCAGCUUUCCAGUGUCAACCGGUCGAGACCACAUUUUUUGCUUGUUUGCAAAUUGAAGAUUGCUUUUUAAAAUAACCUUUGGGAUAAUACUAUGAAUACACUGAAUUGCGUACCUUUUUGUAAGUGACAAACAUUUAUGGUACGAUCUUUCGAAUCUCCUUUGGGAACAAACUUGGACAUAUGUCUGCGUCAUCUGUACCUAAGUCGAUUUAUAUAUACCUGAAGUAGAAUAAAGUGAUAAUCUAUUAUAUUCCAUACAAAUAUGUUUGGUUCGUCUACACCAUUUGGAUCAUCCACGUUUGGUUCAAGUACAAGUGCUUUUGGGAGUACUGCUGGUACAACUUUUGGAAGCUCAGGUUUUGGAACUGGGGGUAGUCUUUUUGGUGCAAAAACUACAGCAACAACUGGAUUUGGGGCAGCUACACCUUCCCAAACUGGCACUGGGCUCUUUGGGACCACUGCAACUGGAUCAACCGGUCUGUUUGGUGGUACAAGUACCCAAAAAAGUGGGUUUGGUGGAUUUGGGUCAACUGGAACAACCGGGGGACUAUUUGGUAAUAGUGGUUCAUCUGGAACCAGCUUAUUCUCAGGCAGUACUAAUGCUUUUGGAAACACAAACAAAUCUAUGUUUGGAACAUCAACAAAUACAACAGGUUCCUUGUUUGGUACAACAACAACAAACACUGGAACUGGUUUAUUUGGAGCCAAACCACAAGGUAGUAGUGGCUUAUUUGGAGCAUCUGGUACAACAACAACAGGAGGGUUGUUUGGGAGCACUUCAACAGCUGGUCAGAAUACUGCUGGAACACCUGCCAAAUUUGCUCCUCAGACUGGUACAGACACAAUGAUGAAAAAUGGUAUACAAAGCAGCAUCAAUACCAAACAUCAAUGUAUUACACUUAUGAAAGAGUAUGACAAGAAAAGUCUUGAGGAACUGCGUAUGGAGGAUUAUCAACUUGGUAGAAAAGGUCCACAAGCUGGUACUGGCACCACUACUGGAACUGGUAUGUUUGGCAGUUCAUUUGGCGCUUCAACUGGUGGAACAACGUUCGGGACAGGAGGAUUUGGCACAAGUACUGGGACUGGUAUUUUUGGACAAUCUGGACAAAGCAAUAUAUUUGGUGCCAAAACAACAUCAGGCGGAUUAUUUGGUGCCUCGAGCACAACAUUCAGCACUCCAUCUGCAUUUACAAAUACAUCCAGUUCACUCUUUGGUAACAAACCGGGGGGGAUGUUUGGUUCAACGACUACCACGCAAUCAACUGGUUUGUUUGGAACAACACCUGCAUUUGGCACAGCCUCAUCUGGCAGCAGUUUGUUUGGUACACCUUCAUUUGGUCAAACCACUCAGACUGGUGGUUUGUUUGGAAAACCAACAUUUGGAACUAAUACAUCAGGAACUGGGAUGUUCGGUACUUCGACAUUUGGACAAACGUCUCAGGCGUCUCUGUUUGGUGCAAAAUCUACGCCCGGUACCUUUGGGAUGGCAAAUACUGGGAGUCUAUUUGGUGCGCAGAACAAACCAGCAUUUGGAACGACGUUUGGUACUGGAACAGGCACUACUAAUAUGUUUGGUACAACUGGUAGUACUGGGUUGUUUGGUAAUAACACCCUCGGAUUUGGUACCACUGGUUCAACACUUGGUCAAACCUCUGCUUUGGGUGGUGCUUUCGGUCAGACGACUCUUGGAGGCACUGGAGCAGGAGUGCUUGGUCUCGGUCAAAACAACGUCGCUGCACUACAACAACAACAACAAAUGCAACAGCAGUUACAACAGCAAGUGUAUGCGUUGACUAGUUCUCCAUUUGGAGAUUCUCCUCUUUUCAGAAAUCUCACGAAGCGUUCCAAGAAUGACAGACCAUCGAUUAUAACGUCACAAGGAAAACAAGGAGGGACAAGCACACCUUCGCAAUAUAAAGUAUCACCUCGUCCCUCCGCGAGAAUAAAACCACGUGCGAUUGGAAAACCAAACUUCUCACAGGCGCAUUUAUUUGAUGGUUUGGAUGAUGAUAUUGAAUACACUGGUGAGACAUUUGUACCAAGAAGAAGUGUAAAGAAACUUGUCCUGAAUAGUAAAUCACAGACUAGAAGUAUUGCCAGUGAAGUAUCACAGAGCAGUGAUAAAGAUCGCGAGGACUCGCCAGAAACGCCACACUUGAGACCAGCCAGUAACGGAGAAAGCACUCGAGAUAAAUUUCACUCCCCUAAGGCGAACACAUCGCUUAGUCAAGAUGAUCAGGAUAGUCCUGUCGUCGGGGUAAGGCGUUCAGAUAUUCCAAGAGACGAGGAAGAUUCAGGUAGACCAAGAGUAAAUGCAUGGAAAACGGCAGUAAAUGGUGAGGCGAACACGGUACGAAGUGAACCUACGGAGAGUGAUGAUGAUGAGCAAGGACCGGAACCAAAACAAGGGGAGACUUUGGAAGAAGAAAUACAGCGAAAUGAUGGACAGAGAGGUUGUGGAGUUAUCCUCGAAAGAUCCGAUUACUAUUGUAAUCCAUCGAUUUCCGAACUUGAUGACCUGGUUGACGAAAAUGGGGAUGUAAUCGUUGGUGAUUUUGUCGUUGGUAGAGAGGGAUUUGGAAUGGUAAAAUUCUUUGGAGACAUAAAUGUUGCUGGAUUGAACUUAGAUGAAAUUGUGAGUUUCCGUCGUCGGGAAAUUGAAGUUUAUCCAGAUACUUACGCUGAUAAACCUCCCGUUGGAAAUGGUCUCAAUAGGAAGUCUGAAGUGACAUUGUACAAAGUGUGGCCGAAUGACAAAACGACGCGUACUCCCAUCAAAAACCCAGAUCGGCUUCGGAAGGUAGGAUGGCUUGAAAAGUUGGAGACUGCCACCGCACGAUUGGGUGCAACUUUCGUUGAAUAUGAAGCAGACACUGGAACCUGGAUUUUUACCGUGGAUCAUUUUACACGAUAUGGUUUGAAAGAGGUUCAAAUCGAAAUGGAAGAUGGGACUGUGACACGACCACCAUUACGUUCUUUGCACGAAGAUAAGGAGAAACUGCUUGAAAAGGCUAGAUUUGAAAAAGAGAAAGCCGCGAUUGCUGCGAAAAUGCGUUUGGAGGAGGAUUUAGAAAAUAGAAAGAAAUCAAUGGAAGAUAAAAUGUAUGACGAGAAUUCAUAUUUGGGGUCACAAGAUGAAAGCCAGAUGACUGACAUUAGUCACGAAAGCUUUCCAGAAUUUCAAGAACCACUGGAAGAAGAGACAACAGCAUCUCCUGCAUCACAUCAUUUAGCAAAUGCGAUGGGUGUCAAAUCUCAUCGGAUGCAAGUCAUGAAGGCUUCAUUCUUUGGCGAGACAGAUGAGCCUCAGCAGUAUAUAAACAACAACGAUAUGAGACCAAGAGAGUUUCGACUGGGAAAUAAAUCAGUAUUAAAUUCCACUGGUUUUGAUGAGUUCGAUAGCAGAGGUGACCGGCCGAUUUACUCCCCGGUGAAAACAAAAUCCGUGACACUCUAUCCAGAGACGCUACCACGAGAUGAAUCAAGAAGUUCAAAAGAGAGAAGAAUAGAUUACGAGAAUUAUCGCAACAAACCGCAGUGGUAUAGCCUUCCUCAACCAAUUUUGCUGCCGAGUGCUGUUGGUAGUCCAUCAGAGACUGCUCUGAAAGCAGCUGGUAUCAGAACUCAACCGGCACUCGUUCCUCUCUCGAAAUCUAUCACCGCUGGCAAACAUAAUCUUUAUGCAGACGCCGGACUGACCAUGGGACGAUCAUUUCGAGUUGGAUGGGGGCCAGCCUGGAAAUUAGUUUAUCCUUCGAGAAUAAUGAGCUUGUCGCCGAAAUCAACGGAUCAAUCUUUACGACGUGAAAUUGUAAGGGGAAGUCCCUUGAUUGCAACCUCAGUUAACAAUAGACAAUCCAGUUCCUUUGCAAUCAGUUGCGCAAGGGUUAACGUUAACCCUACAAUGAAAUCGGAUUGUGAUGUAAACCAGGCUCGAUUGAUUGAAAGACUUGAGAUUUGUCUUGCUAACGUCUCUCGAAAUGAAGACGACAGCUCGCCAUAUUUCACCCCGACCGAAGGAGUAACAGCGCUUCAUCAGUAUGCCGAAGUAGGCGCCAAAAGCAAAGAGAUGUUAGCUUCUACUACGUUUAAAGAAUCCGCUGAUACAUUUUCUUCAGUCAUGGACUUAGCUGUUGCACUGUGGGGUAAUUUGUCAGUCUCGAAGGAUUCUAUGGAUACGGAGAACGAUGGCACAUCCAAUGAUGGUUACGAUGAAGCACUUGCGAGAAAAGAAGCACUCUCUAAUUGGUUGGCUGAAACAUCACGGAGCGUCAUAAACGAAGAAAUAGAAAACAUUAAAGCUAAGGACAACAACCAUCUGCGAGUUAUAUUCUCACUCCUCACUGGAAAACAGAUCAACGCAGCUUGCCAGGUUGCGCAAUCGAAUGGCGACACCAGAUUAUCGUUAUUGUUGGCACAGUCGUCAGUGAAUAUGGUUGUAAGACAAUGGCUACUAAAGCAGCUCGAUGAUUGGUUAGAACAUAAGGUUGACAAGUUUAUCAGCACAGACAGGUUGAGGAUCUACUCGUUACUAGCGGGAGAACUGUCUUGGCGUGGUAUCAAAGUUUGUCAAGAUUUGGAUUGGAAGAGGACGUUUGCCUUACAUUUGUGGUACCAACGUUCCACAAGCGGCCUUAUAUCAGAUGCUUUGGCGUCAUAUGCGAAUUCUUUCAAAGGCAGAACAAGCACGGAAAUUUAUGCCACAGAACCAAGUCCAUCAUAUCUCGCGGGCACGGACGACGUUCUGGCCGAUGGAGACACAGACGAUGAAACAGAGCACAAAGCAUGUCGGGAUACCUGUUAUCAUCUUAUUAAACUUUUUUGUAAACGAUCCCACAGACUGGAGAAAACAUUGGCACCGGCGUCAUAUACAAAAUAUCAACUUGAUGCUAGUCUCAGCUGGCAUCUUUAUCAAAUCCUUCGCUCUGUUGGUUAUCAUCAUCUACCUGAGUAUUACGCAAGUUAUUUAAACACGAGUUAUGCAGCACAACUGGAAGCAAUUGGUCUGUGGCACUGGGCUGUAUUCGUUUUAAUGCACAUUCAGGAUCCAGUGAGACGCGAGCAAGCUAUCCAGGAGGUUUUAGUUCAUUAUUGCACAUUGGAUGAUGAGGUCAAUUUCAGUGAUAGAGAAACUUUCUUACUGAAUGAUCUUUGUAUCCCUGUGACAUGGAUACACGAGGCAAAGGUGGUUCGUGCAAGGAAGGAAAAUCGACCCAGAGACGAGGCGUAUCAUCUUCUCAAAUCUGGCAAUUUCAAUCUGAGUCAUGAGGUCAUUUUGAACAGUUUAGCUUCGUCUGCUAUAAUAAACGAAGAGUACGAUUCGAUCAAGGAAUUACUUGAAGAGAUUGCUCCGCGUGAAAAUUCUUCUCUGGUUAACGGCUGGAAUACCGGAGGUCAGAUUUAUCUUGACUACAUCAAGUUAUGGGAGAAGUUUAAUGACAUCAAGGCUGGCCUUCUUGUACCAAAUACGUACCAGUUGGAGAAAAUGCAAACCAAAGUAUCGUCAUUAUGUCAUCGAAUCAGUCAACUACCCAGCAAGACAGCCACUGAUAGAUUAUGCCAAUCGGAUAUGGGGACAAUGUGUGCUAACUUUCUGAAGAUUGUUGCUAAGGAAGUGGCUAUCCAGUGUGAAGAGUCUGAAAAUUCAUACCACACACAGUCCAGUGUACUCGCUCCUCACAUAGGAAAGUUACCAUUACCAGAGGAUUGUUGCCUUACAGAGCUACGUGAACUGACCAGUAGCUACGUCAAUGAACUUACACAUAAUCCGUGAUAUAUGUAUGUUUCCUAAUACUUCGCUUAGGUGAAGUAUCAUUGCCAGUACUAACUUAGUCAAUUAGUGGGUCAUUUUGCACACAAUGUACAAUCGUGCAAAAUUGGAGAGAAACUAGCUUGAUCCUUUAAACCGCUAUGCAUGUUGCACAACUAUUAUACGUACUUUAUGAAAGAAAGACCUAUAACACUCGUCAUAAAUCAUGUACAAUCAAAACAGCCAAAAUAUUUAGUUUGUAGUAGUAGACGGCUAGACGUUGCCUAUUCUUUUCUUCACUUGUUCAGUAUUCACUGUAUACAAUAGAUCUAAACACAAACUUAUAAUAUACAGUAAACAAAAGUGAGCGUCUGGGUUCACGAGGCUAUUUAGGUGUUCUACACAUUCAUGUUGGCAAUGUUUUGAAAUGAAAACCCCAAC